GCCGCCCUGUCCCAGGCUCCUCCGCGGGUAAACAGACAUGGCCGGCGAGGGGGACCCGCAGGACGCUGCGCACGACAUGGGAAAUCACCUGCCGCUCCUACCUGCAGAGGAUGAGGAAGAAGAUGAGAUUGAAAUGGAAGUUGAAGACCAGGAUAGCAAAGAACCCAAGAAACCAAACAUCAUCAAUUUUGACACCAGUCUGCCCACAUCACAUACAUAUCUGGGCUCUGACAUGGAGGAAUUUCACGGCAGGACUCUGCACGACGAUGACAGCUGUCAGGUGAUUCCAGUCCUGCCACAGGUGAUGAUGAUCCUGAUUCCUGGGCAGACCCUGCCUCUUCAGCUCUUCAGUCCCCAAGAAGUCAGUAUGGUGCGGAAUUUAAUUCAGAAGGAUAGAACCUUUGCAGUUCUCGCAUACAGUAAUGUACAGGAAAGGGAAGCACAGUUUGGAACAACAGCAGAGAUAUACGCUUACCGAGAAGAACAGGAUUUCGGAAUUGAAAUUGUGAAAGUGAAAGCAAUAGGAAGACAAAGAUUCAAAGUCCUUGAAAUCAGGACACAGUCAGACGGAAUCCAGCAAGCUAAAGUGCAAAUUCUUCCUGAGUGUGUGUUGCCUUCAACCAUGUCUGCAGUUCAGUUAGAAUCCCUCAAUAAGUGCCAGAUAUUUCCUUCAAAACCUGUCUCAUGGGAAGACCAGUGUUCAUAUAAAUGGUGGCAGAAAUACCAGAAGAGAAAGUUUCAUUGUGCAAAUUUGACUUCAUGGCCUCGCUGGCUGUAUUCUUUAUAUGAUGCUGAAACCUUAAUGGAUAGAAUUAAGAAACAGCUACGUGAAUGGGAUGAAAAUCUAAAAGAGGAUUCUCUUCCUUCAAAUCCAAUAGAUUUUUCUUACAGAGUAGCUGCUUGUCUUCCUAUCGAUGAUGUAUUAAGAAUUCAGCUCCUUAAAAUUGGCAGUGCCAUCCAGCGACUUCGCUGUGAACUAGACAUCAUGAACAAAUGUACAUCUCUUUGCUGUAAACAAUGUCAAGAAACAGAAAUAACAACCAAAAAUGAAAUAUUCAGUUUAUCUUUAUGUGGGCCGAUGGCAGCUUACGUGAAUCCUCAUGGAUAUGUGCAUGAGACGCUUACCGUGUAUAAGGCCUCCAACUUGAAUCUGAUAGGUCGUCCUUCAACGGAGCACAGCUGGUUUCCUGGGUAUGCUUGGACCAUUGCCCAGUGUAAGAUCUGUGCGAGCCAUAUUGGAUGGAAGUUUACAGCCACCAAGAAAGACAUGUCACCUCAAAAAUUCUGGGGUUUGACUCGAUCUGCUCUGUUGCCCACAAUCCCAGACACUGAAGAUGACAUAAGCCCAGACAAAGUAAUACUCUGCUUAUAAACAAAUAUGCUAGAGAUAGUUAUUUAACAAAUGGGUAUUCUAACAUCAGAUCUGCUUUGGAUAUUACUGCUUUUGAUGCAUACCUAAGAGGCAACAUUACUUGGAAGGUUGCAGUUUCUUAGUCAAACAGUAUUUGAAGAUUUAAACUAAAAUAUACUAUUGAAAAGGAUGAGAAACAGUCUAGAAUACUUGGUUUUUAGGAAUGUCUACUUUAGUAGCUUGGUGCCAUUAUCCUGUGGUGUCUGAUAUGCCUGGUAGCAUGUCACCAGUAGUAAGAAGGGGUUUAUCAUUUGAUCCUGACACCUAGAACAAAGUUUGGAUCAGUGCUCCAAACAGCGGAAGUUCCAAAAGCAAGGGGUGCCAAGCACAGGUACCUAUUCCUUUUUGAAAGAGGCAAGGCAAUGUACAUUAUUUUAAAAGGGCUUUGUUCAUUUUGAUUUUCUUUAGUUCCCCUGAGAUACUGAUUUGUAAAUUUUGAAAAUAUUAAAAGAGUUAUAAUAUUCGGUUUGAGCCCCAAAAUAAAAUUUUCAGUUCCUAACAUGUUUGUUAGUGAAAAAUA